GAGGCGGAAGCGGCGCGAUGGCGGCAGGUGAGGGGCCCGGACCGGCGGCGGCUCCGGUCGCCCGCGUCCCGGCGGGUUGAGGUCGCCGCUCUAUGGCCGCAGGUCGUUAGCCGGUGGUCGCCUUCGCCGCCAUGGCGCUGAUCGAGGGCGUAGGCGAUGAGGUGACCGUGCUCUUCGCCUUGUUGCUGGUUGCCGUGGUGCUGGGGCUGGCCUGGGCCUCCACCCGCGCCCCCGAGCCCACCGCGCCGCCCCGCGCCGCCGCCCCGCUGCCCGAGGAGGGCCCGAGCGCCGCACCGACCCCCGCCGAGCAAAAGGCCCCCGCAGCGGCGGCGGCAGCGGCGGACGGAGCGGCCCCCGAUGGGGCCGGGGGGCUGGCGGCGGGGCUGCGGCCCCGGGCCGGCCCCGCACCCCCGCAGAGCCCUCUCGGUGAGGGGGACGGCGGCUCCGCCGAGCCCACCAUGGUGCUGCGGUUGAAGUUCCUCAACGACACGGAGCGCCUGGCCCGGGUGCACCCUGGUGACACCGUCGGGGCCCUGAAGAGGGCCUAUUUCCCCGGACAGGAGCAGCAAGUGCGGCUGAUCUACCAGGGCCAGUUGCUGCGCGAUGACACCCAGAGCCUGGCUGCCCUCCACCUCGCCCACAACAGCGUCCUGCACUGCCACAUCUCCCCGCACAGCUCGGCCCCAGCGCCCGCCGGCCCCCGCGCCUCUGCCGACCCCGCGCACGCCGCCCUCGAUGUGGGCAGCCUUGUCCUGCCGCUCUUCGUCCUGAUGCUGGCCGUCCUCUGGUACUUCCAGCUGCAGUACCGGCACGUCUUCACCGCCACCGCCACCACCUUCCUGGCCGGCCUCACGCUCCUCUUCAGCUUCGUGGCCUUCACCAUGUACCGCAGAUAGCACAGCCCGCGCCCCGGACGGAGCCGCCAAGCGCAGAACGGACUCAGUCCCGGGUGCCGUCUGCCCGGUGCACCCGCAGACUGUGCCCCCCCUGGGGCUGUGUGCCCGAGCGAGCGGGUGUCCGGGCAGGAGACAGACAGCCUGCCCGCCGCUGUGUCCCGGGGCUCCCGGGCCAGGCAGCGCUGCCACCGGGACUGCAGCCAGUGCUGUGCUACCUCGGGGGGGGUCCCAGUGCCCCCCUGGUGCCCCCCCGGCCCUGCACGGAGUGUCCACCCACCGCUGCCAUGCCCCACAGCCAGCUCCAUGCACCAGAGCUCCUGCCUGGGCUGCCCGUGCCCUGCCCGGGACGGGGCCUGUGCUGCCCCGGGGCUGGGGCUGCCACCCCGCGGUGGGUGGGGGGGCCGGUGCCGGUUGGGGGGCUGCGCUCCCCCCGCUCUGUGACGAUUAAAGGACUGUGAACGGCCGCGGCC